AUGUCAACAGAUACGAAUGAAAUUGUAAUUCCACGUUUUUGUCACACUUGGACUCCAGAACAGCGGUUUAACCUUGCCGUUGUUUGUUUGUACGUGGUUAACACAACUAGCUGGUCCUAUAAUGAAAAAGAACGGAUUUUUCGGCGAACCCUUAUUGCCGGGAUUUUUAAACACUUGGGAGUUGAGGAUGAAAAUGAAAAGGAUUUAUUACAACAAAUUCUAAAGGAUGAAAAUAAUACACCAAAUCUAGAAUUCUUAGUAAACAGCUUCAUAAAUGCUAAAGAUGCGGAAAGUAAAGAGACAAAAGAUAUUCGUUCCGAAGUUAUAACAGAUUUAUUAUUGAUCUGCAUGGGUUUCUCGGCUGAACUAAUAACAGAUACACAAGAUACACAAGAGCCACAAGAACCUUCGUCGGCUACCGAACGCAUGAAUUUAAAAGACAGACUUGAUAAACUAUUUGACAAAACAGUUGAGGAACUCGAACAAGUUGUAGAGAAUGAAAAAUCCUCGGAUCCAGUUAAAAUUAAGCCCGCAGAAUAUGAUGCGAGAGCAAGAGCGAUUCUAUUCAAAGUUUCCGACUUACUAAAAUGUCCGUCAUCGGAUGUUUUGAAGCAUGAAAAUGCACUGGCGCAGCAAUUAUAUUUCAUCCAGCAGGAACAUGAAACCAAUGUCAAAAAAGAUGAUAAUCUUCACAAAUUGCAAUCCAGUGCAAAUGAAACUGUAACUAAACAUGAUAAACGUAAACAAAAAUUAAGGUGGUUAGCGACGGGUGUUGGCGUUUUAGUGGGUGCUACUGCCAUUGGUAUCACCGGAGGAUUAGCCGCGCCAUUUGUGGCGGUGGGCUUAGGUGCAAUCACUGGAGGUAUUUUCAUCACAUCUUCAAGUCUCGCUUUGAUCACUGGAUUAUUUGGGAUCGCAGGUGGAGGCCUUGCAGGUUACAAGAUGCGCAAAAGAACCAGAGGUUUACAUGAAUUUGAAUUUAAGCAAAUUGAGCAAAAACAACACGAAUUGCCUCAGAUUCCAUCUCUUUAUUUAAAUGUGGUGAUAUCCGGUUAUUUGUUAGAUGAUUGUAAUGAAGUGACCACUCCCUGGCUUCCAACAUUUCAAGAUGCCGCAGAAUAUCACGACACAUAUGCUCUGACAUUUGACUCGGAAAUUCUUCAAUCAUUAGGAAAAGCAUUCAGACGGUUCCUCGCAGAGCAUGCCGUAAAAAUGGCGGCCAAUGAGGUCAUAAAACAUACCGUAUUCGGAUUGCUGGCAAGUGCUCUUUUCUUGCCAGCUGCUCUAAUCAAAGCGGGAGACCUCAUCGAUAAUCCGUGGGCUUUGGGAAUUGAUCGUGCAGCCAAAGCAGGAUUGAUAUUGGCGGAUGUUUUAUCGGAGCGUGUGCAAGGCAAAAGGCCUACAGUUUUGACUUUGACUUAUCGUCAGAUUGGAUAUUCUUUGGGUGCAUUGGUAAUUUGGGAAUGUUUGCAAGAAUUGGCGAGAAGAGAAGAAUACGGAUUAAUUGAUAGUGUCAUUUUAAUUGGUGGACCAAUCACGGCUGAGCAUUUAGAGAAAUGGGAAUUAGCAUCCACAGUUGUUUCCCGUCGAAUCGUUAACGCAUACGCUACGAAUGACUUGGUAUUAGCCGUAGUUUAUCGAAUGCAUUCGCUAGAUUUGAAUGUCGCUGGUCUUAGAGCUGUGAAUUCACCAAGGGUUGAAAAUUAUGAUGUGACUUCAUAUACAAGUGGGCAUUUGGGAUAUAAAGAACCUGGAACUUUGACUAAAAUAUUAAAACGGAUUGGUGUUGAAUAA